GUCACUGGCGUCGCCGUCGAGGAGAUCGAGAGAGAGGUAUCCCCGAGCACUAUAGAUGCGGUGAGAAGACCAUUAUAAAGACUUCGGGUACAGCUAAAAACCCUGGGAGGCUAUUCUAUUGUUGCCCUAACGGCUCAGAGCAGGACAAGUUUCAUCUUUUCACAUGGACCGACGAACGGCAUUGUCGAAGAGGUUGA